ACCGAAAAAGAAUAGGGUGUGCGUAGCGUUCGCUCUCCCCUUUAAAACCUGUCUUACACACCUUUUUUACAGCUGAAAAAAAAAAAGAUGCAAGCUUCUCCACUUUAUGCUUCCAUUGGCGCUUUAAUUAUUGACGACAUUAAGUACCAAGAUGGCACUAAAGUAACGAAUGUUCUCGGCGGAGGAGGUGUAUUCGCAAUUUAUGGAAUGAGACUUUGGUUAGAUGGCCUUCAAACUAAAGAUGCCGGUUACAUUAUCCACACUGGAUUUGAUUAUCCUGAAGAAAUAGACAACAAAAUAAAAGCCCUGAAUAUCUCACUCAAUUGCAUUAAUCACCCAGAUAAACACACGACAAGAGGUUUAAAUACUUUUGGGGAAGAUGAUCACAGAGAUUUCGAAUACAUACAUCCUAUCAUAAGAACCACGACAUCUGACUUUAGUGAUGAUUGGAUUCAGUCUGUAAAGAUACUGCAUUUGAUUUCUUCGCACGAAAGAGCCAUUGAAAUAAUAGAUGAAUGGAAAGAGAGAGAGAUUUUGUUAAAUUGUGUGGAAAGGACACAAUUUUUAUGGGAGCCUUUGCCUUGGGCUUGUUUACCUGAGAAUUUAGAUAAAAUUUAUGACGCUACACAAAGAACAGAGAUCAUCACACCUAAUCAUGAAGAGAUAGCUGCUAUGCUUGGCUUGGACUUCAAAGUUGUAUUAGUAGAAAAUGGCAAUGAUCUAAAAAAGACGGUUGAAUAUUUGGGGAAUAUGUUCUUGGAUGGAUUAUCAUCUGCCCAAGAUAAAGUACUAGUGAUACGAGCCAGUAAGUAUGGCACGAUGAUUAUUACUUUGAAAUCUCGGGCUAUUCAUUGGGUACCGGCCUAUUGGAGCUGGUGGAGUUCGGAGGAACAGAAACAUGUUGUAGAUGUGACGGGUGCUGGUAAUGCUUUUUGUGGUGGCUAUGCGUAUGGAUGGGACCAAACACAGGGUGAUCCUGUUGAAUCUGCUUAUUAUGGUGCAGUUUCUGCUAGUUACGCAGUUGAGCAAAUGGGUAUGCCCUCUUACGAGACUGGGCACUGGAAUAAUGGUCCCGAUCCAGCCCAAAGAUUAUCUAUUUUAAGAACUAAAUCAUGUAAAUUUUAG